AUGUGUUCCAGUCCGUGGUGGAACUCCUUGGCGCUCGCCUUUCCGGGCUGUUUGUGUGGGAAGCAGCGGCUGCGCUGGCUCCGCUGCCAGGCUGCUGCGGGUUUGGGCUCGGCUGCCGCCGAGGCGGGGUACAAAGUUGCAGCAGCCAGUGGUCACACUGUGGUGUUAGUUGACCAGUCAGAUGAAAUCCUUAAAAAGUCUACUAAAGGAAUUGAAGAGAGUUUGAAGAGAGUGACAAAGAAGAAAUUUGCAGAUAAGCCUGAGGCUGGUGUUGAGUUCAUUAAGAAGACCUUGAAGAACCUCACAACAAGCACAGAUGCAGCAUCAGUGGUCCACAGCACGGAUUUAGUGAUAGAAGCCAUUGUUGAGAACCUGGACGUUAAAAAUGAACUGUUCAAGACACUGGAUAAGUUUGCUCCAGAGCAUACGAUAUUUGCAAGCAACACUUCAUCCCUGCAAAUCACAAAGAUGGCAAACGCAACCACCAGGCAGGACCGAUUUGGUGGUCUCCAUUUCUUCAAUCCUGUGCCUAUGAUGAAGCUCGUGGAGGUUAUCAAGACUCCAAUGACCAGCCAGAAGACUUUUGAAUCACUUGUGGAUUUCAGUAAAGCAGUAGGAAAGAGUCCUGUCAGUUGUAAGGAUACUCCAGGGUUUAUUGUAAAUCGUCUCUUGGUGCCAUAUAUGAUGGAAGCUGUUCGACUUUUUGAGAGAGGAGAUGCAUCAAAGGAAGAUAUUGAUGUUGCUAUGAAGCUUGGGGCUGGCUAUCCCAUGGGUCCAUUUGAACUGCUGGACUAUGUUGGGUUGGAUACCAGUAAAUACAUUAUAGAUGGAUGGCAUUCAUUAGAGCCCAACAAUCCUCUUUUUGCACCCAGCCCACUCCUGAAUAAACUAGUAGAAGAAAAGAAGCUGGGGAAAAAGACUGGAGAAGGAUUUUACAAAUACAAAUGAACUCCAGACCUCAAAAGGUGUUUAAGUAUCUGUAUAUGCUCUUCAGCAUUGCCAUAAUACAGGUGUUUAAACCUUC